ACAGCUUUUGUCCCGAGUUUAAAAAAAGAAAAAAGAAGAAGUCGUCGUUCUGCAGCAUCCAGCAGCUGCAGAGAGUCUGAGAGGCGAUGAGCAGCGGAUCAGGACCUGCGGGACUCGACUGACCAACAGACAGACAGACAGACAGACAGACAGACAGACGCUGCGGAUGCGAGCAGAACCAGGACCAACUGAACAAUGGGUCCCAUACCCCUGUGCUUCCUGCUCCCACUGCUGGCUGCGUUGGUGGGUGUAGCUGCUGAGGAGAAUGCUCUUGGAGAUGAGUACACCUGGCCACAGUGGAAGGUGCCCCUGGUAAGGAAAAGGGGUACCGUGUCUCUCAGCGCCCCAAAGUUCUCAGCUCUUCCACAUGUGGAGCUGAGUGGAACCUGUGGCAUUGAGUGCCAGCGUCUCCUUCCUUCUCCUUCCCUGGAUGAUAUGGAACAGUUCCUGUCCUACGAGACUGUUUAUGAGAAUGGUACUCGCACGUACACCUCCGUGUCUGUGCAGGGACUCAACGAGAUGACGAGCUGGUCCAGAAACUCCUCGUUAAGUUCUCGCCAAAAACGUGAGGUGUACGGCAUGGACACCCGCUUCACCAUCUCUGAUAAGCAGUUCUCCACAAAGUAUCCAUUCUCCACUUCUGUGAAGAUCUCCACAGGAUGCUCUGGGGUUCUCGUGUCACCAAAACACGUGCUGACGGCUGCUCACUGUAUCCAUGACGGAAAGGAUUAUCUGGAUGGAGUGCAGAAGCUACGUGUUGGUAUUCUGAAGGAGAAGUCCAAGAGAGGGAAAGGAGGCAAAGGGAGAGGUGGGCGAGGAAAAGGCAAAAGGAGAAAAGGAGACAAAGAAGCUAAGGAAGAAGUGGCAGAAAAGGAAGAGAAGGGAGAGAAAGGGGACCGUAAAGGAAAAGGCAAAGGAAGGAAGACCCGGAAUCGGCGCAGCGCGGAAGCCGAGAAGCCUUCAUUCAGGUGGACCAGGGUCAAGCAGACUCAGGUUCCCAAGGGUUGGUUCAAAGGAGUGUCUGAAGGACUGGCUGCCGAUUAUGACUAUGCUAUUCUGGAGCUCAAGAAAGCCCCAAAGGUCAAGCACAUGGACCUGGGGGUUAUCUCAUCAGUGAAGAAACUACCCGCCGGGAGAAUCCACUUCUCUGGCUUUGACGAUGACCGGCCUGGCAACCUGGUGUACCGGUUCUGCUCAGUCUCUGAUGAAUCCAAUGAUCUGCUUUAUCAGUACUGUGAUGCCAAGCCCGGCUCCAGCGGCUCUGGGGUCUAUAUCCGCCUCAAAGAGCCUGGCAAGAAGAAGUGGAAGAGGAAGAUCAUUGGGGUUUUUUCUGGUCACCAGAUUGUGGAUGUAAAUGGAGAUGGGAUGCAGCAGGAUUACAACGUGGCGGUGAGGAUUACACCCCUCAAAUACGCACAGAUCUGCUACUGGGUCCACGGGGACUCGAGCCAAUGUCAGGCCACCUAAGACACCCACCGCCAACCCGGUUCUGUCCUCAUUUAAGGAGUACUCCAAAUACCCACAGACAGACUCAGUGUGGACAACAACACAAGGCAACUGUGGCACUUCAUCUUUUUUAAUUUAUUUGUUAAAACAACUCAGAAAGAGAUUGAAUAUUAUUUGUUUAAAUCUGCUAUUUUAUUUUAAAAAUGAUGAGCUUUUAAGCACAAAGUGUUUUUAUUCAAAUGUUUUGUGUGAGGAAACCCUUCAUGUACUCAUCUAAAGCUUCACUCACAACCCGCCGUACGUGCUACUACGGGCAGUCUAUGGGGAAAAAAAGGCAAAAUCGUGCGUGAGAUAUGUGCAUGACAUGCAUGUGUUCAUCGCUGUAGAAGAUCGCAGACUGCCCGUGAAGGUUUCUUGACAUGCACAUGCAAAUUCUACGGGUUCUGUGAAAAAUCAAGGAUGUGUAAAGAAAGUAAGGGGCUUGUACUGCUGUAGUGCACCUGACACAAGUUAGGAGUGCGGCAAGUAGGGGCUCUGCGAUGACAGUAAGACAUGGUCGCACAUGAGAAGUACUACACAAGUACUCCACGCCUGCUAAUUGUGUGGUCCAUAAGACAGAAAUACUUCUAUGUGUGGCAUGCAAGACUACAGAUAUAUAAACUGAGGAGAUUGUAUAGUGUGUAGCACUGGAGAAUGGGAGAAGAGGGCGCUGCCAGAAUUAUAUUCUAUAAUACACACCAGACCCCCCCCAAACAGUCUGAUGUACUGACCUCCGGGGUGAUGAGUGCCGAAGCGCCGCGCUAAUGCAGCACAGACCCGCAGUGGGUGUUUUCAUUCUUUCAGCACCUUGGACAGCAGUGUAGCCUUGAGGCUUGUAUCAAAAUUGAAUUAAUUUAAUAUAUUUUCUUUUAUAUAGAGCCAAAUCAAAUCAAUUUUAU